UGGAUGUGGAUGUCAAGAAUGAUGGACCAAGCAAAUCUGCAUGCACUGAUAUUAUCAAGAGGGGAGUAAGGCAGCAAAGGUAUCUACUCAAAAGGAAGCACUUUGAUCCAUCAGUGACAAAAGAGUAACUAUUGGCCAGACAACCUCCAGCUAAGAUGAAGAGAGCGGAGUGGAAAAAACCGGUAGACUACUGGUUUGAUCCAAAGAGUCAGGAAAAAUCUGCUAAGAAUAAAGUGAACCGUGGCCAAGUGCGCCUUCACCAAAGGACUGGAUCUAGGAGCUACAUUGCCCAUCGAUACAGCCUGAGGCCGAAGUACAACAAUAUGGAGCCAGAUCCUAUUGAAUUCUUUGGGGAAUGUAUGAAUAGUCCACAAAGUGGGCGCACUCCGCUUGCAAAUGAGAUUUAUGAACAAAUGGUGGCAGAGAAGGAGAGGGAUCCAGAUGAAGGAGAAGAACAAAGGUCCCCCUCAAAGAUUGUUGCUGAGAGUCUAAGCCACAUCAGCUGUUCCUCAACCUUCCUUCCAAAUCUUGGUGUCAACAAAACGGUGAAGACUGCUAGGUCCACGACAGCAGCAGUAGAAGCACGCCUACAGGCUGAAUUUGAGGCAAGGCUGCAAGCUGAAAGAGACGAAGCUGAAAGAGACGAAGCUGCUAGGAAGCAGGAAGAGUUGCAAGAACAGCUUCGAGCACAACAGCAGUCUCUUUUAGAGAAUCAAAACUUGUUGCGCCAGACACAAGAAGAGAUGAAGGGGAUGCAUAGUAAGUUUGAAGAGAAUAAUGCACUGCUGCGAGCUGUGCUAAAACUUCAGAAGGAUUGA